UCUUAUCGUACCAUUUUGGCACAAACAAUUCCUGUGGGAGAUAUUUGUUUCUCUCUCAAAAGUCGGUCUUCCCUCUCUAUCUCCCGUUCCUUAUUGCGAUCGAUUUCCUGAGGCUCUGAGUCUGUUUCCACUUUUCUAGUUCGGUUUUCUAUAUUCCGAAGCUAGGGUUUCGAAUCUGCUUGCUGAUUGUUCGACUUUGUUGAGGGGAAGUUUCUGAGAUUGGAUAUGUCGGACUCCACAAACCACGAUUCAACUCGUAACGAUAAGAUCGAGGAUCUUGAUCGCUCGAACCGAUACGAUGUCGAGGACUUUGACGAUUCGUCGUCGAUGGAUGCGCUCUCUUCCUGUGACGUCGGAUCCGUUGCGAGUUCGAGUGGCUCGCGAGAGAGCGGUGGGUCGACAGGCGAGAUUGGGCUCACGGACCGGUUGACGGAUGUUCUUGUGGACGGAGGAGAUGGAGAUCUGUUGCUUCAGCAGAACGAUCGCGAAGACCGGGUUCUGCAGUGGCUACAGGCUUUGGAUAUGCAAGUGAUGGGGGCUUGUCGAGCCGAUGAGAGGUUGAAGCCUUUGUUGAAGACGAACGCUUCGAAUGGAGUCGCCGAGGAUCGCCUGCUGGCUCAUUUAAGUCAGAAUUUCGAGCCAGCAGAGGUUGGUAUGCUAGCGAGGUGCUUCUGUAUACCUCUAGUUUCUCUUCGUGUGGGAAAGAUCAGCAGGCAAGGAAAUCAGUUGUGCCCAACUGGUACAAGGGGAAAUCUGAAUCUUGCAGUUUUGCCUACAUCGGAUCUGCGCCUCUCAUUCACUGGAGACGAUGGUCUGACUGAGAGAUUAUUUACCAUCAGUAAAUCCCAGUGCGCUUCUGUAGAAGUGGAUGAGAUCCCAGCAGAUAAUUCUGGCCGAUCAUUCCAUAUCAAGAUCCCAGAAGGCCAGGUUUUCUACUUUUGGUGCUCUGAGAAGUCGAAGCUUUUGGGAAUGGAAUUGCUCGCAAAGAUGAGGGAUUUACUCAAGAGGAAGCCUUCUAUUGCCGAAUUAACGGGAAUUUGUGAGUCACGCCUCAGCUGCUUUGCAACUCAUCUUCGUGCCUAUCUGGUGGCAACAGUGGGUAGUUCUCGAACAAGUUCUCCAGGAUCACCCAUUACUUCCUUGGGUACCACCGCUGAACUGUUUGAUACAUCUCAGAAUGGACUGUCCUCAUCAAUGUCGACAAAAUCUUUGCGAUCUCGGCACUCUGGAAGUCAAGCAGCAAAAGCAAAUUCUUUUCAUCAGGGUAGCCUGAGUCCAAGAUCCAGUUCCUUUAAAGAGGGCCUGCCAAGAAACUUGUCUUCUCUAAGGAGUGCUGCUAGGGAAAAGUUGCGACGGCGAGCGGACGGUCAUGUUUCUGCAGUUGACAAUCUGACCAUUACUUCAUCAACUGCAUUUGAAGCAUCCUCAUCAAAUAAUUGUGCGAGUGACAACCUCCCAGAAGUCACCAGGAAUAUGUCGUACUCCCCAUUGAGUUUUCUAGAGUCACUGGGGAAAUUAGCUGCCGUACCAGCUCUUAGCCCCACGACUCAAAUAUCUUGUGUAGGCUCGCCUAUCUUCUCCCCUUACUAUUGUUGGUGCCCUCCUGGUAUGCCAACUGUGCAAUUCUCAGCCGCACCUCAACAAAUCCCCGUAUCAUCAAAUGAAUCACUGCCAUUUCCCUCGCUUUCUUCUUUAUUACCCAAUACGAUGCCAUCCAGUUUGUUGACUUCCACACCACCUCUGGGUCUAGACGAAGCUUCCACAGUGAACUUCCCAGCCUUGCGGUCAGACCAAUUGGUCCGGUUGCCAAUUCAAACUUCUCAGCAGAUACGAACUUUCACACCUUUAAUGUGUGAUCCAAUUGUUCACAUUCCAGUUAUUGAUGUUUGCUCUUCUGGUCAAGGCUACCUAGUUAGUGCCGGCCCUGCUAUUUCAAAUGUCAUUCCUCCAUUGCACCCAAAACUUGUGAACCCAUUGAUUCCUGAAACUGACACCAUGGUAGAAAAGGGUGCGAGAGAGACUCUGCGUCUGCUUAUUAGUGGAUCAUCCCAGACAAACCCACCGUUGAUGGAGGUAUUGCCUGCUGUUCUAACAAAAGCAGAUCAGAAUCAAGGCAUGCUACUUGCUGGUAGCCGAGGUCUAUAUAGUGGAACCACAGAUGUCGGUGUCAUUGCAAGUGGCAUCGCUGCUAUUAGUCUGGCUUCACUGUCUGGGAGAUCGGGUGGUGGCAGCUAUGAGAAUAUGGAUAUAAAACAGGCGGGAUCUAGUUGCUUGGGUGGAUCUUUUUCAGAUGACGAGGGAACCACUUCAUGUUCAAAUUGUAGGGAAGAAACUGAUUGACAGAGUGCGCUCCUUCGCAUGCGCUCUUUUUUAAUUCCUCCGUAGAUCCUGUAUUUGUUCCUACAAAUGUAGAUAAGUGGCUGUAGGUUUGCCCCCUUGAGUUGUAACUAGUGAAAAUCAUAGCGUACCUUGGCUCUCUUUUGAGCCAUAAUUGUACUAGUUCUUGAUUAGAAUGUGAAUGAAAUUUGGAUUUUGUUUUAA